AUGCUGCCCGUUUCACUUUAUCUGAACAUAACCAUCCUGUCUGAUUCCGACGACAUCCAAAUUCCUCAAUUCCUCAUUCCCUCUAUCAUGGUCUCUUUCAAAAAUGGCCAUCAGGUCAACGGGCAAGGUCCGGACCGUCUUCACGGAUCUGCCCCCCUCGAUCUGACUGUCCUCGGCAUGAACUCCGGGACAUCUAUGGACGGCAUCGACUGUGCUCUUUGCAGGUUUCGUCAGGACUCGCCUUCAUCGCCUAUGAACUUUGAGCUCCUCCAAUACGACGAGAUACCCCUGGAACCUGUCAUUAAGAAGCGCGUUAUGAACAUGAUCUACCACAACCGCACCACGCCUGAAGAGCUGUCCGAAGUCAACGUUCUGCUUGGAGAGACUUUUGCAUCCGCCGCGAUCGAGUUCGCUUCCAAACACAGCAUAUCCUUCUCAAACAUCGAUGUCAUUGGCUCGCACGGCCAGACAAUCUGGCUACUCAGUAUGCCGGAGAAAGGUCACACCAAAUCUGCCUUGACCAUGGCUGAAGGCACAUACCUCUCUUCAAGAACAGGAAUCACCUCGGUCACAGAUUUCCGUGUCUCGGAUCAGGCCGCUGGGCGGCAAGGUGCGCCACUCAUUGCAUUCUUCGACUCACUAGUGCUCCACCACCCUACAAAGCUCCGAGCAUGUCAGAAUAUUGGUGGCAUUGCCAACGUAUGCUUUAUUCCUCCAGACCGGGAUGGGGAGCUGAAUCAGGAAUUCUUCGAUUUCGACACGGGCCCCGGCAAUGUCUUCAUCGAUGCUGCCGUCAGACACUUCACCAACGGCAAGAUGGAGUACGAUAAGGACGGCAAGAUGGGCGCGGCGGGCACAGUCGAUCAAGAAAUGGUAGACGAGUUCCUAACGACACACCCUUACUUCGCCCUAGAGCCACCCAAGACCACUGGGCGUGAAGUGUUCCGGGAUACCAUCGCCGAUGAUAUGAUCGCGAGAGGCCUUGCCAAGGGCCUGUCGCAGAACGACAUUGUGGCGACAAUCACCCGCAUCACUGCACAAGCCAUCGUUGAUCACUAUCAUCGAUACAUGCCUCAGCAAUACGGACCUCUAGCUGAGAUCUUCAUGUGCGGCGGUGGUGCUAAGAACCCUAACAUCACAUCGUUUUUGCAAAAGUCGUUCCCCGACACAAAAAUCAUGAUGCUUGAUGAGGCAGGCGUUCCGGGCGACGCGAAAGAAGCUAUCACAUUCGCGUGGCAAGGUAUGGAAGCUGUCGUCGGCCGAAGCAUCAACGUGCCGGAUCGCGUCGAGACCCGCCAAGGGUAUGUCCUGGGUAAGAUCUCACCGGGACGGAACUAUCGCCAAGUCAUGCGUAAGGGUAUCGAGUUUGGUGGUAAGCUUGAUGAAUUGCGGCCGGUGACGAACAUGGUGAAUUGGAAGAAUGGGGGAGUUCUGAGUAACACUUGGUAG